UUACUGGCCUUGCUCUUAUCCAAAAGGCCGUUGUUCCUAAGAUGUUGUCGGGAGAACGAUUCGAAUCGCUUCUAAAAAGUCCGAAGCAUCAUGCCAAACAAUUUCAAGAAAAAGUGUUAAAUGCCUAUAAUUAUGCCAUUCAACUCUAUACAGAUGCCAUCGAAUCCGAAACAUUUGCUACCUACGGCCAACUUAUUCUUCCACUUGCAGUUCUAGUAUCCGUAGUUCUUACUAUUCUACUAUGCAGCGUUAUAUGGAAAAUCCUAUACUACACAAGUUUCCUACAAGUUUUGGGUUGGCUGUUUGGAGAGAUGCUGUGGGUGAUCCUUUCAUGGGGUCUUGUCGCAGUUCUCUGCUACUUUGCCCUAAACCAUCUUGGAUCCACCGGCGAAGCUGCUCAUACAUCAUCCACAUUCGGCAGUUCGGUCUCUGGAAACGGUGUUGCAAACGGCGGAACUCAUACCUCAAGCGGCGAAUGGUCGAACGAAAUAGUUUCAUGGCUUUACUCAAACUUUCACAAAGUGCCCGCUCCCAUGGAUGCGUGGAUUAAAUCAUUGAACGAGGCCGCUAAAAAAGUGACAUCUCCGACAAAAUGUGAAGUGCUUUUCGAGGGAUUUGGAGAUCACAGCGAUGUGCUACAACCACCAAAGAUUAGUAAUGUGCGAGUUGAACACGGACCACGAGAUCAUUUGACUGUCCGCUCUAACGUGCAUCUGCCAUGUGUAAAACUGCGGUUGGUCUCUUCACAACGAACUCCCGAGAGAAUGAUAGUUUCAAAUUACGACGUUUCGAUUGUCGAUUUGAGAGGAGAGGUGGAAUGUCGAAUGGCUUGCAUUGCAAACCAAUUGUACCUGAUGGGUUGUUUCAGUGGACGACCGGAAAUGGAUAUAGAAUUGAGGAAUACCGAUCCGAAUGCUCAAUAUCAAGUGUCUAUUCCAAUGGUUGAAGAAAGCAUCAGAAGAUGCCUGUUGUCGGCGGUUACUAAUAUCAACUUAUCUGAAGAGAUGCCAGAAGAGAGAAAUACAUUUGCUGACACUUUUAGCAGAACUAUCUAUAAUCCACCAACCCAUUCCCCAUCUGGAACAAUGCGCAACUCGUACAACAACUAUGACACCAACCUUCACGUGGACGCUUAUGGUACCCAAUCUUCUCAUAGAAGCAAUAGUCCAUCUGGGGAUGUUCCUGAGAUGUUCAAAAAAUUAAACGAAUCUCAUUUGAUCAGUCCAUCCUAUAACACAAAUUCUAUUCCAAAUAAAAUGCGAAUCAAAGUCAUCAAAGCAAGUCGCCUUGGGAGAGAAGUUUCUCAACCGUUUGUAAAUGUUGAAAUGGAUGAGCCAGCUCAAAAAUACUCAACCACAAAGGGAAUCAAUGCAAAUCCGUUUUGGGAGGAAACUUUUGAUUUCGAUUUGACCCCUGCAACUGAAGAAAUUCUUUUCGAAAUCUACGAGGGAAAUGACAAGCUUCACAUGAACGACGAUGAAGGAUUCUUGGGUCUAGCUAUUGUUAACUUUGAGGAAAUCAGAAGAAGUGGGGAGACCGUUCACUCUUUGAAACUUCAAGGAAGACCAUAUCGAAAAGAUGCGAUCAGUGGAGAGAUCACUGUUCAGUUUGACUUCUUCUAUGACCCAAAUUUGUUGACUUCUGGAAAACUGACAGACACGGUUAAAGUUACAAAUCCAAACGGUUCUGAAUUCCGAGAGACACUUACAACGCAUAGAAGACCGAUAUAUGACCCACACGACAACUUUGAUGGUCAUGAGCCAAUUGUACCUUCAAAAACUACCACUGUGACAGUUAAGACAGUCUCUCAGACUCUCAAGGAAAAGCCUACUAUUCAAUCAGUUCAUGGGUCACUUGAAAAUGCUGUUGAUCCGGCAACGCAGAAAAUUCUUGAUCGCCAAUUCAAAAACCACAAUGACCCGAAGACUCGCGAGCUUGAGGCAAAACUUCAAUCAGUUGCGCAGAGCAUGUCUGCGUCUAGUACUUUAGAUAGACCAUCCAAAAAUGGAAACAAUGGGCAAUAUUAUCGUGAUCAAACAGCGCCACCCGAGUUUCAUGAAGAACUGGAUGUUAGACAGAGCAGAGACAAGUCGAAGAAGGCUCCAACAGAGAAACGAGAUCGUUCAUUCUUCGGUGAACUGAAAGAUAGGCUCAGUGGUAGACGAGGCAGAAGUCAAAAAAGAUCAAAAUCAGUCGACGUAGAGAAUAAUCAGCUGUUGGAAGAAGCAGUAUCUCUACCACCAUCUAGAGAUCCUAGCAGAACUCGAUAUGCAGUUUCAUCAAACGACAAAUAUCGGGAGACGCAUUCGGUCGGAGGAAGAAGUGGAGAGUCUACGAAGAGUUUGUAUCAGCAUAGCACACUUAUUCUUGAGUUAGAUCAGGAUAAACAAGCAAAAUACUUCCUCAUCCCUCCAGCAAUGCUCAAUGAGCCAGCUGCAUCUCGAUUAAUGAGGAAAGGAAAGAAACUUCACAUCUACAACGAUCAUACAUUUGUUGCCGUCAAAGUAAAAGGCGGUGCCACGUGCAAUGUGUGCCAGCAAAGGAUUCGAAGCAGUUUUUCCAAGCAAGCUUAUCAGUGCAGAGACUGCAAAAUGGUAUGCCAUAAAACUUGUCACUACAAAACCGAUGCAUUCUGCACUCAGAGUAAUGUUUCCAAACUGCAAAUAGCAAAAGACGUCGAUUGGGCUCACUUCCUCAGUCAUUAUCAAUUGGAAGAAUUUAUUUCCAGUGAAGGAUUAUAAUCAAUAAAUAAAAAUAAUCAUAAAAAACUCACACUUGCCUUCUGUCAUUCAUUCUUUUUGAUUCAUAUUUUCCCCCAAUUUUUCCCAAAUAACUCGUUUUUCCUACUAGUUAUGUUUUGCUCAACUUCUCAAUUGUUUCAAAUUUAGAAUUAACAUAGUCUAAAAAGUUUUAAAAUUCACCUCCUGUUCAUUCUUGAAAAUUCAUUCAACUGGAGGAUAAACUCCAAAGAUGUAUUCUGAGUAAACAUUCAGAAAAUAUCAUUUUCAUUUGGAGUUGGGCUCUUCCUUGAUUUAAUGAAAAAAAAAACCUCAAUUUGAAAUAAAUUAUUUUCAAUAUU